GAUCCUGAUAUUUCGAGGUGUGUUAUCAGCGGUGAAAAGCAAUUAUCCGAUUUCCAGUGUGCGCUCUCUAGGCAGUCUGAGUAGUUAUGGGUCUGCUACUGCGACUGUUACAUUACAGUUGCAUUGUACAAUUGGCACACUCGAUUCCACCUGUUAUUCGCAUAGGUGCUUUAUUCACCGAGGAUCAGAAAGACACGAGUUUGGAGUUAGCCUUUAAAUACGCCGUCUAUAGGAUUAAUAAGGAUCCUAAUCUGUUGCCAAACACAACACUUGUUUACGACAUACAGUACGUUCCAAAAGAUGACAGCUUUCGUACUUCAAAGAAAGCGGUGCAGCGAUUAGAGGUUAUCAAGGAUUUAGAGACGUUCGACUUGGAAGACUUUAAGUAUAAUUCAGUGAACAUGACAGCAUUUCGAAUUGUGGACACAGAAACUGAAAAUGUUAAAGAAAUCCUUGAUGUUAUGGAGAAAUUCCUCCCUAUUGGUCCAGCCAUUCUAAGUAGAAAAGGAAUCAUCCGGGCAGAACCUGCUUUACUAUUCGACGCAGUUUACGUAUUUGCACAUGGUUUGGCCGCAAUGAAUUCUCGCUACACAUUGAAACCUGUAAACCUCUCUUGUGACACUGAAGAACCCUGGAAUGAUGGGCUUUCUCUUUACAAUUACAUUGAUUCACUGUCAGGCAUCUCUGGAUUAACUGGAAACCUACAAUUCAACGAGGGCAGACGCUUCAAUUUCAAGCUGGAUCUGUUGAAAUUAAAGAAGGAGGAAGUCCGUAAAGUUGGGCAUUGGACGCUCGCCAAGGGCAUUAACAUCACCGACCCGAACGCGUUCUAUGAGAAGCAGGCGCCCAACAUAACGCUAGUCGUCAUGACCAGAGAGGAACGUCCUUAUGUCAUGGUAAAAGAGGGUCAGAACUUAACCGAUAAUGCGAAAUACGAAGGCUUUUGCAUCGACUUACUGAAAUGGAUCGCCACUCAAGUUGGUUUCCAAUACACGAUUCAGUUAGUUCCCGAUCACAUGUACGGCGUUUAUGAUCCUGAAACGAAACAAUGGAAUGGAAUUGUCCGGGAAUUGAUGGAAAAGCGAGCGGAUUUAGCAGUUGCUUCUAUGACAAUAAAUUACGCAAGAGAAAGCGUCAUUGACUUUACGAAGCCCUUCAUGAACUUAGGCAUCGGAAUCCUGUUCAAGGUUCCUACAAGCCAACCAACGAGAUUGUUCAGUUUCAUGAAUCCUUUGGCGAUAGAGAUUUGGUUAUACGUAUUGGCCGCUUACAUGUUAGUUUCUUUCACACUGUUCGUGAUGGCCCGAUUUUCGCCCUACGAGUGGAAUAAUCCGCAUCCCUGUCACCAGGACUCGGACAUUGUCGAAAACCAAUUUUCCGUUUCAAACAGUUUCUGGUUUAUAACCGGGACGUUUUUACGACAAGGAUCGGGUCUCAAUCCCAAGGUACCGAAGCGGAUUCCGAGCCAUUUAUUUUCAUUUUUAAACCCUCUCGCCAUCGAUAUCUGGAUUUACAUGAUAGUAGCUUACGUGCUGGUCUCUUUGACUAUCUGGUUCGUGGCUCGGUGUUCUCCGUCCGAAUGGAAAGAGCUAGAGUUGUGUGACGAUUGCAUGGAAAGGAAACUAUUGGCAGCGGAUUGCUUUGAUGAAGACUGUUGUUCGUAUCAUUCUUCCGGUUUUGGAAGCGAGUCUAGUUCCAGAAGGGGAAGUGAUAUUGUUGAAGAAGAUUUUGCAAUCGUUUCGAGUACUUAUUAUCCAGCAUACGAAGGAUAUACCGACGUUUUGCAAAACGAUUUUAGUUUAGGGAAUAGCUUUUGGUUUGCCAUAGGUACACUGAUGCAACAAGGAUCUGACCUGAACCCAAAGGCAACAUCCACGAGAAUUGUGGGGGGAAUUUGGUGGUUUUUCACCCUGAUCAUUAUAUCGUCGUACACUGCCAAUUUAGCUGCCUUCCUCACGGUCGAACGAAUGAUUACUCCUAUAGAAAGCGCCCAGGAUCUUGCUGAACAAACAGAAAUAUCCUACGGGACUUUAGAGGGGGGAAGUACCAAAACUUUCUUCAGGGAUUCGAAAAUUGGGGUGUAUCAGAAAAUGUGGAGAUUUAUGGAAAGUAGACAGCCUUCGGUUUUCGUUCAAAGUUACGAGGAGGGUAUCGAAAGGGUUCUGAAAGGCAAUUACGCGUUCUUAAUGGAAUCGACAAUGUUAGACUACGUGGUGCAAAGGGAUUGUAACUUGACUCAAAUCGGAGGAUUGCUGGACUCGAAAGGAUAUGGAAUAGCCACGCCGAAAGGCAGCCCCUGGAGAGAUAAAAUUUCACUGGCUAUCUUGGAAUUACAAGAAAAGGGUGUGAUACAGAUUCUGUACGACAAGUGGUGGAAAAAUACGGGAGACGUCUGUACCCGAGACGAUAAAAGCAAGGAAUCGAAAGCCAAUGCCUUAGGGGUUGAAAAUAUCGGUGAGAACUCAUAUUUACUUAUUAUCUUUUAUAUUACGAUCUGA